AUGGACCAUCACUGCGUCUGGACUGCGAAUUGUGUCUCUCACAUCACCAUUCCGCAUUUCGUCCGUUUUCUCUUCUACGCUGUCGUAUCCAUGGCCUACCUYGAAUACUUCCUUUGCCAGCGCAUAUCAAUCAUUUGGCAGCAACGGACUCUACCCAGCUACCUUGGCCCUUCAGUUCUCAAGAUUGCUCAUGUCUUCAUUUUGAUCACGAUCAACUCAUUCGUGCUCUUCGCGCUCAUCCUACUCCUGGGCCGCACAAUCUGGUGUCUAUCUGUCAAUACAUGGACAAUUGAAGGCUGGGAAAUCGAACGCCACCACACUCUACUACGCCGUGCACGCGCUCUUGGCGGAUACCUCGACGCCCCGGAUGGAAGCAGGAUUCAAAUCCAGCAUCAGGAGUUCCCAUGGGAUGUAGGCAUUUUAACGAAUAUCUGUCAAGGAAUGGGCACUCGCAAUCCCCUGGCUUGGUUCUGGCCUUUCUCACAAAGUCCAAGUGUGGCGAGUGGCUUGUCAUUUGAGCAUAAUGAGAUUGACGAUCCUAGCAAGCCAUGGCCACCUCCUGAUCCCGAUAGACUAUUCAAGGUGGAGCGGAAACCUCUUGUGGGAGAUGGAUUUACCAAGUCUUGGGAUAUCAACGACUUCAAAAAGAGACAAGCCGCAGAUAUGGCGAGGCAUGCCAAUGCUGAUGGCGAGCACGUGGUGCGGAGAAGACCUUUCCGUGAGCGAAUGGAAGGGCCUGGAAGGCAUCGAUCAGACGAUGGCGCGGACUACUACGAUAAUGGGGAGUACUCUGAUGUCGACAGCGAGGAGGAGGAUGGCGACGAUCUUUCUGACGAUGCUCGCGGUGGUGGUGGGGACGGCGAAGAAGCGUGGAGAAACAAGGAAGGCGAAAGACUAGCUGAUUUUGGGGUUGACGAAAUGGCAGACUUCUACGACGAGGAUGAUCUGCCGUUGGCUGAACUGAUACGGAGGAAGAAAGGGGGAGUUGCGACUUCUUAG